AUGCCGCGUGUGAACCACACCAUCGACGACCGCAGCCCCUUGAUCCGUUAUGCGCCCGCGGGCACUUGGUCGCUUGGGAGCAGAACCCUCGACCCCCUAGCGUCGCGGUAUAGCAACAACGGAACGUUCACGCUUUGCACUACUGCGGGGGCGUCGGCGACGUUUACCUUCAACGGCACAGGGAUCUGGAUCCACGGUGCCAGGCGAAACAAUCACGGCCCAUACGAGAUAAACCUCGAUAACGACGUGAAGAGGUUUGAUGGGUUUCAGGCCGUAGAAGACUUCACCACGCCGCUCUUUUCCGCAGACAACCUGUUCAACGGGCUCCACACCAUCUCGAUCACCAAUCGCCGCGAUACCAGCGAUGCAAGACCAUACCUAGACAUCGACUUCAUCACUUGGACGGCGGAGGUACAAAAUGCGUCGGCGAGCCAAGUUGUUAUACCUCACACAGCCGGCGCCUUUCAAUACGAACCGGCGUCAGCCUGGAACCAACCUGUCUCUGCUGGGUUCAACAGCACAACGGCACACUUCACAACCACGACAAACGCCGAGGCAUCGUUGACGUUCACCGGCAGCGCUAUCUCUGUGUUCGGUGCUGUAAGCGGCACGACGGCGCCGUACUCGGUGCAAUUGGAUAAUCAGCCCGCGCAGAAUUUUGACGGUCGAGUGAACGAAUACACACCGCAGACGAUGCUGUACUUCGCGGACAACCUGGGGCCUGGGAGCCACACCCUAAAACUGGUGAACUUGCCGGCUGCAGAAGGGCAAGGCCUGCUCCUCGAUUAUGCUCUGGUCGUUGACGGGGGCUCGGAGACUCCGACGACCGCAGAUACGAGUUCGGGAGGAAUGAGCUCGGGGGUCAUCGCGGGCAUUGCUGUGGGCGCCGUGGCGCUGCUGGCUUCAUUCGUUGUUGCCUUCUUUUUCUGGCGGAAGACAGCAGGGCGGUCCAAGCGCGCAUCGAUGGUGAUCGAAGACCGCCCUCUCCCUCCCAGCAGCCUCGUCUAUACGCCAUUCACCAUGGGCUCCACCACCCAAUCUGAACUCCUACCCCCAAGCGAACGCCCUGGUGCCCCGUCAGCUUCAGAGCGACCUUCUAAUUCCAUAUACCCGCGGAGCAGCAUGUCGCAGGUGUCCAGUGCUGGUGGCAGCCGCCCUCCAUACACCGCGAACCCCUCCGAGCCCGACUCGCCUCGAGAAAGGUCGUACCCCGCAAGUGUGAGUACCCACGCCUACCAUCCCCCGGAUAGCAAGCGUUCUAUGGUCCAGCUCUCUCAUACCGCCGACCAGACUCCCUAUUCCGCCGUGCCGGACAUGGAGGAAUCCCCGCCGAGCUACGACCACGCGUCGUAUCGGCAGUAG